AGGCGUUUCCACGUUUCAGCAGCCGGUGACUGAGCAGCAGACGGCCACAGAGCGGACUCACGAUCAUCCGGAUCAUUUCUGUUUUUAUUAUCUACAUAAACCUGCCUGACAGUUCCUCUCACCCGUGUCCCCUCCACGGCCGCGUGUCCCCACGCCGAUGAAACAGACUCCAAUCCAUCACAGAACGACUUGAAACCGCAAAAGUGAACCGAGAUUGGCCGAGUGGACUUUUUUUUUUCUUCUUUUUUUUUUAAUUCCUGCAGCACGUCUGUCCCGUCUCAUUCCCACACAGCUCCAGAGGAGAUUAUCUUCCCGCAUCUCUCUCCCUGUCUGUAGCUGACUCAUAUCUGCUGCUCUCGGGACCAUGGCGGAGUACAGCUCUCUGCUCAGCGACCUGUCUGAAAACAUCACCAACGAAGACUUGGAGCAGCUCAAGUCGGCCUGCAAGGAGGACAUUCCCGAGGACCAGAGCAACAACAUCACUUCCUCCAAGGAGUGGUUCAGCUACCUGGAGAAGAACGACAAGCUGGCCCAAGAUAAUCUGUCGUACAUCGAGCACAUCUUUGAGAUUUCGCGGCGACCGGACCUGCUGACGAGGGUGAUCGAGUACCGCACCACCGUGCUCAAGAUCUCUGAGGAUGACGAGAUCGACACCAAGCUCACACGCAUCCCCUCAGCCAAGAAAUACAAAGACAUCAUCCGCCAGCCCUCUGAAGAUGAGAUCAUCAAGUUGGCCCCGCCUCCUAAAAAAGUGUGAGAGCGUGACACACAACCCUGAUCUUUGCGCCUGGAUUUCUUCACUCUUGGCACUCCAAUCAACCGACCAACCGUUUAUGACCAACCCCAUCGCUCCCCUACUUCACCCUACCCUCACACACAAACACACAGACACACACGCACACUACACACACACACACGCACACACACACAUCCAGCCAAGCACCAUCCUUGCACUGACCCGCGCAGGCAGCCACCAACCAAGCAACCAAUCAGAUCGUAGCGAUGCAGCCUCUCUCCGAGCUGAGGGGAGGCGGGAAGCUGCGAAAAAGAGACAUUAGAAGACGUAAUCUGGAGAUGGACGAACAAUGUAUGUGUGUAAGGAGAGAAAGAGAGAGAGAGAGAGAGAAAGAGAGAGAGAGAGAGAGAGAGAGAGAGAGAGAGACAAACGUCUACCCUCAAUUCAAACGCUGAAAGGGUCCGUUUAGAUUGAGUGUAAUCUGUAACACUGUUCAAUCUGUGAUGCUGUGCUUACUGUAUGCAGCCGCCUGUCUGAGUGUGUGCAUGUCAGCGAAGGUUGUUAUAGUUAAGACAAAGACUACAUCCAGCCAUAAAGAGUUUAAAACUACAAACCCUGCGUUCAAAACAACAAAGUGAAAUGGCAAAGUUCCAUUUUUUCAGACUUUCUUAAAAUGUCAGAAAGCUGAUAGGUAACCAUAGAAACAAUUAAGCUGCGAAUGCAUUGUAUGUACAAUGAUACUUAACUAUGACUGUGGCUAUGAACGUAGUUCAUCAGUUGCUUAUUUGUUUUCAAAAUUGAAUUAGAAUAUGCAAAACAGCCAACAACAUUUUAAAAACAUUGUUUACAUUAUCAAAAAGUAUUUUAAAAACAAAACUGCAGCAAAAGUUAACACUUACUUAAACAGACAUUUAAAACUUAUCCAAAUCUCACGUAUAUGACUGUUUUAUUUUCUGUGAGGGUGCUUGUUUUAGAAUGUAGCUGCAUUUAUAGUUCAGGUGUUUGAAAUGUGAAAGGGAUAGUUCAACAGACGCUUAUUCACUGUUUUGCUGUGACUUGGGUGAGAAGAAAGAUUAUAUAUUAAUGUCUGUCUUUUAAAUAUGAAGCUACAGCUUAGCUUAGCUUAUUUUAGCAUAAAGACCGGAAACAGCUAACCUUGUUUUUACACUUAGGUUUAUAGGGAUUAAAUCAAUGAGAUAAUUUUUGUUAAUUAGUUUUUAGAGGUGCUGGUUGGAAGAUAUUGUUUCCUUUGGACAUAGCCAGGCUUGAAAUUUCUCGUCUUUGUGCUAAGCUAAUCUGCUGAGCUAACCACUUUAUAUUCACUAUACAUACAUAAGAGGAAUAGGGUUCUUCUCAUUGAACUCGCGGCAAAAAGGCAAAUGGAAGACUAUUCAUUUAUAGUCCGUAUAGCUCAAUAAAUAAUUACAGUCACCAAGUUACCAUUUUUUGCCUCUUUUGCCAUGAGGUUGCUGUAUUUGAAACUAAACUGUAAGUCAAACUUAAAGGCCAGGACAGUCACUGUUCCUCAGCUGGAGGACAUGUAUGCAUUCCCUUUACUCUUACACAGAUAAUGAUAUCAUGUUUCAAGAGCAAAAGAAAAAAAACUAAUAUUUUAGAACAUUAUAUUUAAAGUUGAUUUUCAUAGGAAAAGCCAAUAUUUGCCUUUAGCUUAUAAUUAUAGCAAGAUAUAUUUAGAGAACAUUUAGAUGGGAAAGGUAAAGCAAAGAUUUCUAUACUAUGGAUGUUCCUUGUCCAUAGGUUCUCUUUUCAUCAAGGGGACCAGAUAGCAUAGAGGUCUGCUGUACGAGCUGGCUAGAGAUGUAAAUAUACAAAUAAUAUAUUAGAAGAAAAUAUAGCAGAAAUAAUAUAUUGACCUGCAGUGUGUGUGUGUGUUCCAUAGAGGACACUCAUAUUUCCACUGUACGUUCAAUUUCACCAUUUCUGGUUUUAUGUAAUCUGAAAUUGAGGUGAUAAUCACUUAAGCACUUAAAGUACAUCAAUUUGGACUACAUUAGAAAAGUAUAUUUGGAGAGAUCAUAUUGGGUAUUGUAAUUACUCAGUGGAAAUGUUGUGUUGUUGGGCACAAAGAGACAAACACUAAACUGUCUUACACCCCGUUCCUGCCAUUUCAUUUGUUGCACUGAAAGUAACUGACCAGCUUGGGAUUUUUCCCUGUAUGAGGGGUUAAAACUAUGACCUCUGGAAAUUAACAUAAGUGCAGAUAAAGGACAGAAAGACAAUGUGGCAUGUGAUAAUAAAACAUCAUUUUAAAAAACUGUACAUAAAGUAGAUUGUGACAAGGAUCUCUAAUGAACACAGCGGCUCAUAACCCACUGACUAUGCCAUUACCGCCAUGCAACAACAUAGCUAGCACGACUGUUGAAACUAAUCUAUAAUAACUGCUCUUUUGAACACUGUGUCUCUUUCCCCCCCCCCCCCCCCCCCGCAUUAAAGCCUUAGCGGACUUUGUGUUUACCCCAAAAAACCUUUAACAACUGUGAGUAAUUGUGUGUUUGUGCGUAAAAGCGGAGACAGACGCUGGAACACACAUCAAGUUAAUCAAAACGGCUCUCAUUUUUUAAGAGUGCUUUUGUUCUGAAAUUUGCUAAGGACUAGUCUAUGGAUCUAUUUCUGCCCCCAUCUUUGUUGUUAUCAAAGCUGUAGGAUCCAAAAAAUUAACCAACAACAUAAAAAUCGAUCAGUGUACGACUCAUCAUUUCUCCCAGCCCUGCUCCACUCAAGACCCCAGUGCCAACGACCAAGACUUAUUUAGAUUACUGUUUCUGUGAUCUGUUUUUCUUUCUCUCUUUUUUUUUAUUGCUCGCCGUAUAUUGUAGUGUUGGACUGAUUUGUAUCCUAUGCAUUUACGUCUGUAGGAGAACUUUGCACUGUAACAUAUCCUCAAAUCACUUAAUCUAAAGAACUGAACUCUUCAAUUGAGACAAGUCAGGGUAUCAGACAAGAUCUUGAUAUCCCUGUGUUGAAUCUGCAUGACGGACAUGCUGAGUGGCACUUGAUGAGAAGAAAGUGUGCAGUUUGGGAAAGAUAAUAUAUGCUUGUAACCCAAUGUUCACUGUUUAGAACUUGUAAAACAGACUAUAAAUCAAAGCAAACACUCAAUAGUUUGUUAAUGCCUGCAAUUGUGUGGCGAAGUUUACAAACCUUCAACUUGUUUCUUUGCAUAAAACACCCAGUUAAUCUAGGCGAGAUCAAGCUUUUUAUUGUACUGUUAAAGGAAUAAUCCACCCUUAAAUACCUGAACACUGUUCUUUAUGCCAUAUGGACCCAUUUUGCAGUUCAGACUUAAAUAUCUCAACAAGUUUUGGAUUGAUUGCCAUGACGUUUGGUAGACACAUUUAUGGUCGCCAAAGAUGACUUCGGUGAUCCCCUGAUCUUUCCUCCAGCGCAACCAAGAGGUUGAUGUUUGUUUUUUAGUGGAAAAUGUCUCCAAAACUAUUGGAUAGAUUGCCAUGAAAUUUGGUACAGAAAUUAAUGGCCCUGUUAGGAUGAAUUACAAUAACCUUAGUGAUUCCUCUGACUUUCUAUUAAGUGCCCUCAUCAAGUUUUUAUUUGUCCAAUACUUUAGUUUAUUUUAUUUACUUUAGUUUUGAACAAAUUCUUGCAAGACCAACACCACUCCAAUCAUUUAUAUUUUGUGUUUGGUGCCAAUUAGCAAAUGUUAGCAUACUAACAUGCUAAACUUAGAUGGCAAACAUGGUAAUUAUUAUGUUGGGAUGGUAAACAACAGCAUAGUAGCUUUGUUAUUGUAAACCUGUUAGUGUGCUGAGGUUAGCAUUUAGCUUAAAGCACCACUGUGCCUCGAUGCAGUCAGUAGUUUUUGUCUAUACGUUUUUUUCCCUUAAGAAUCAAAGAGACAGGGCAUAUUUUAAAAUGUAAACUUUUUUUUUUCUAGUUUUGCACCGACUUUUAACAUACUGGGAGAAAUGAAUCACUCAAGCGUCUCUGAGUGUAGAUUUAAACUAAAAUUGAGCCAUAACACAUGCUUAGUGAAGGUAUUGCCAAAUUAUAUACAAAAAACUGUAGAAUGCUUCACCUAAUCAUACAAUAUAUCCUACAUCCAUGUACUGAUAUUUCAGAUUGAUAAUGUCUAACAGUGUCAGAGUGUUUCUGGGUGGAUCGUCCCUUCAGCGUCCAGACUAGCCCUUGCUAGGCCUGACCCCAAGUGAAGCGGUUACUGCCCUCCUAUAGCUUGAGCCUACUGAACACAAAGUAUGACUGUACUGCAUUUAUCACAGAGCUGAACAGAGAGCAUUAUGUCAGGCAAAGGGAGGCAGUUGAACUUACUGCUAUGACCUGUGGGUAACGGUCCUUACCAGCGUUAAAAUGGAUGUUUAUUGACCACAGAUUGCCACUCCCCAUUUUCAGUGAAGAGCUUUGUUGACUUUACAAACCCACAUGCAGAUCUUAGCAUGCGUUUCCAUAACUGUACAAAAGAUCAGCAAGGGAGGAUUUGGACCAUUGUAUUUUCUUUCAUCUUCUCUUUUCCUUUGAAAUGUUUUUGAAUAGCAACUUGUGAAUUUAGACGUAUGUGACCAAGUGAAUUUUAUUUUUUCUCUCUCUCGGAAUUUCAGUAGGCAGUGGACUCAUGUUAACAACGUUAUGGUAGUUUGUCAGUAGUUUGUCCAUGCAAUAUCUGUAAACAUCGAAAAGAAGAAAAAAAAUCCAGCUGAGAGAUGCUCUAGAUUCUCCUGGUUGUAUUCACUGGAGUAUUAAAAGUUCUGCAUCAAAAUGUGGCUGUGAUGCACCUUUCUCGAUUUGUUUUAUAUUUAACAUCCACUUCCUGUGUCCUACUCCUCUAAAGUCAACCCCCAUACAUGUCACCAUGGUAAACGUGACACAGCCCCUCCGACGUCAUUACCAGGUGGAUUAUGUGUUUAGCGUUUUCGGUAGCCAGUCGGCACAUAAUAUAUCAACAUAUCAGUCACAAAUGAUGUCAAAUUUGGAUUUCCUUAUACCAAGUACAUAUCAACUUAGUAAAUGCUGCAAAAGUAUGAACCUACUAAAAUAUGUCCUUAUUUAAUGUUAAUACCUGAUUACAACAAUUACAUGAGUAUAGAUGAAGUAAGAAACGAAGAGGCAGAUGUGUGAAGUUAUUCAGCAUAUAAUGCUAACCGUUGAUUAAAAUUGAUACAAACAAAAGUAUAAUUUUCCCUUAAUGAUAAGACUGUUUGUGGUUGUUUUUUCCUUCAUUUUUAUUAUGUUGUAAAUAUGUAUUUUGAAUAUAUAUCACUGUGUUUGUUUUGAACUUGAUUAAUUUAUUUAUGCCUAUAUAUUGUUGUUUUUAUGUCCCCUGAUUUUGUUUAACUAACUGGAAACAAAUCAAGGGGGUGAAAACGUGUUGCUUAUUUAAUGUUAAGCAGACCAUGUUUCAACACUUUUAUAAUUCAUGUUAUUCUCUUCAUUCAUGUUUUGCUGUUUUGCCUUUGGGUAAUGAUUUUACAAAAAAAAAAAAAGUGAUAUUCAUUUCCUUGUAUUUACUGAUAUGUAACCUAUUAUGUUUUACUGUGUCGUAUUUAAUCAGAUGUGUUGUGGUCACCGCUCGUGAAAAUGAUUUCAUUCAGAGUUUCCGAAUCAUGACAAAAGAUGAAAGCAGUCACAAAGUCGUAAUCUGCCUUUUUGUCCAUAUGAGACAUGUUGUCACUUGCACACUGCACCAACAGCAGGAAGUAUAGCGUCUUAAAAUGUUGAGCUAGGUGCGUGUUGAAAGUUUAAGAAAUGUUGACCACAGAUUUGUAGAGUGCAGCCUUUAUUACCAGAUUGUUAGCAGUGUUUUCAUGAAAAGUAUUUUCUGAUUCUACUCACUUUAUCAAAAGAUAACCCAUUUGAUAUAAAAACAAUAAGCAGUCUUACUAGUUUGUAUGGAGUCCCAAAGGGUUCGAUGUUAGAUGAAUAAAUAAGUUAUUCUAAAAAUAGCCACAUGAAUAAAUUGUGUAAAAUAACUAAUUCAGCAAUGGUUGUUGAGCAAAGAAACCAAACAGCCUCUUAGCUUUUGUUAGCUAGAGCCAAAUGUCAAAGUAAUUCUGAUUCUGUCCAACUGUAAAUAAAGGCAGUACAAAGAAACUGAAACUAACAUUUUAUUUAGCCUAACAAGCGCCACAUGCUACCUACCUACAACCAGCUGACUAGCUAGAAGAGCAAAAAGACUGUAGUCACUCUUGCCUAGAGCUUGACCUGGAGCUAGUUGCUACUUUUAACAACCUAGCUUAGCUUGCCAGUUAGAUCGGUAGCAUGUACAGCCAUAAUAAGCAAAAUAAAAGUUUAUAGUCAAUGUGCUGUGCUUGUUAAGCGCAGCAGCUUCUAGUUAAUUUAAACAGACUUACUUGUUACUCUAGCUGUCAUAUAUAGCUAACUGGCUAAAUUUGGUAGCAGUUGUUAAAGGGCAUUUUUAAGUAAGAAUGUAUGUAAUGUAAUUGAAAAAAACUUUAAUAUGAAAUGUAUUAUUACAAUGAAGUUGCGCUUGAAUACAUUUCUUAAAUUACUCCACAAUUUAUUGCUUUAUUAAUUUAUUUUACACAAUGUAUUCUCUUUUUUAUUUUUAUUUCAUAGUGUAGGGCCUACUGUUCAUCUAUUCAAUAUUGGCUCCAUAGUUUUAUUUGCCAUUUUUAUUUUUGAAGGUGUUAGUGAAGGGUUAAAAGGUGCAUGGAUGAAGUAAUAGAGUGAAAAGGUAAAUAUGUGCUGGGUAGCGUGGUGUGAGUAGUCUGAGUGGUUGUAGCUGUUUGAGAUGUGAUCAGAGAGUAAUACGCAGGUUCAUACUUUCAUAAACAUCUCUGGCGUGUGUACAAGAUGCCACACCUCUGCAUUUAGUCAGUAUCUUUUUACAUAUGACAGGUCUUGCACAAGAAUGCUGUAAAUUAAAGUUCAUGAUUGUAAUGUGUGUUAAUGUGAGGAAUGCUGAGUGUCUGGUCAGAGUUGUAAACUGAAAAACAUUCCUGUGGUGUGGUUUAAGUUUUGAUUUAUUGACUUAAAAAUUAUAAUAUGUUAGUAUUAUACACAUUAUUUCAUUUAGCAGAGAUUUCCUCAAAAUGCACCUACAGGGUUUUGAAUUGAAAUGUCAUUUUCAGCUGCUAACUGAAUUCAUAUUGAUCAAUAUCAGAAAAUGUGAACAUUUGAACCAUACAUUUU